AUGAUUGCAGAGAACGAACCCGAGAUCCACCCGACUUCAGGCGCGACGCUACUCCCACGACCAGUGGCAUCGCUGAUCUCACUAAUCACUCAGUCAACCUCCCUAUCCCUACGCUUAGGGACAUUCUUUGGUGGGGCUGCCCUAGAUGGUGCGCGAGCCACCACUCUCACCAGCCUCGAGCUAAGCCGAGCCCUGGUGGAGGGCAUCUUAACGAGAGCAGGACGCGAUGUCGCGAUCCGUAGUGGGGAUGAACAUGGCAGAACCGAGGCCGAGUCUCUGCUCGAGCGGAGUUUGGCAACUUUGCAUUCGACCGUGACCUCGGCUUCGUUUUUCGCAGCUGCGACGUUCCACUUCUCGUCGACGACUUUGGCGUCCGUUGCCAAUCUCUCGCAGGCUCUUUUAUCUACGUUGGAUGCCAUUCUUGGAUCUACCGAGUCGUCCAGGGCUAUUGCAGCUAUUAUCACGCUUAUCAGGCGCGAGUUCAGAUCCGUGGAGCCUGGUGCCAGUGCCGAGAAUAUUGGUGUUAGUGAUCUACUAGUUGGGUCUUUGGGGUUUGCCUUGCUACAGCGAUGGGGCAAGAAGAAUACUGAAAGACAUCUGCGCCAGAAUGGCGGAGAUGAGAUUGUUUGGGACGUUGUCAUCCUGGACAAUGGUGCCCGAGCAGACGUGAUCGGGUCUCACGAACUGCAGUUCGCCGACCCCAAGAAUGAAGAGCUUGUACGACCUGGUAGUGCUUCAUUUGUCGUGCCUGAGAAUGGCGAUGAAGCUUUUGGUGCAUUCAGACGGUCCAGCACGGCUGAGACUUUUAACGGAUCUCGUCUCUCCAUUCCUCUGGAUGGUCAACAGCAGGUAUCUGAUGAGGACAUCCGCGCUUAUAUCCUGAGCCAGCUUCCUCAUGGCUGCCAUGCAUCUAUCAAAUCAGAAGUCCUAACGGCGCGAACUAUAACCGUCGACAUCUACGACGAUGAUAAUGCAGAGAUUGCGGCACCGCCAGGAACAAAAAUGGUAGAGGAAAGAUUUCAUCAUGACAUUGAUUAUGAUAAUGUAACAGACGGCCAGCGAUGCUACCCAAAGCAUACAGUGGUAUUCAGGACUGCUUUCAACAAAUCUCAAAGCACUGAGCUGCGACCUCAUGGCAGUCCUACCGAUGUACCUGAGCUCGAGCAUUCUCAACAAUCGCCAGGAAAGGCAUUUCCCAGUCUUCCAGUGAAAUCGCAUCACGAUCGGUCGCACUCACACCCUGAUAUCACAAAUGGAGGCUUCAAGCACCUUGUGACAACUCCUGGCUCGCCGAGUGAAAUACCCAAAAAUGCAACGGGCAGAGGGUCAUUCAGCAAAUUUGCGCAAAAGGUCAAACCGCCUAGUUUUGACAGAAGUGACGGGAAGCGUCCAGCAAAGAAGCCAUCCAUAAAGUCGCCUACUUCUUUCACACUUCCUGUUCCUCGUCUGCCUCCUAGGCCAGUAAAAGGGACUGCAUCUGUGAAGGAGGCGACUGCACGCGAAAUAGCUGCCAAACCCGAUCUCAAGAAGAGACAGACCGAGUCUAUGGACUAUCGUCCUGCCACACCUGUCCCGAAUCGAGGCUUAAGAAGGUCGCCAUUCCCUAAUUCUCCCCAAAGACAAUCACCGCAACAAACAAAACUCCCACCUUCACACAAUCCACAUACCCAGAGAGGUCCACGAGGGCACUUUGCAGUGCGCGAGAAGAGUCAGGAAUCCCUUCUUACUCAAACAGACGCAUUCUUCUCUCGUCGAAAUUCAGAUAUACGCCCUGGCUCACCUGCCACGUCUCGGGCUCAUGUUCGCAGUAGUAGCUCCAUGUCCGUGAGUAGGUCUGAGACUGACGGGAGGAUGUCCGCAAAUGACAACCGACCGAGCUCAUCGGCUAUGCAUCACAGAUCCAACUCAUACACUCCCAGUCUAUAUUCACUAGCGACUGCCGGGUCUGAGACAUCGCUCAUACUUGCACAUCGACCUCGCAAAAGUACCUAUGAGGAUAUGGAGACUAUUCAGGCGCUCAAUCGUGAUGGUCUCGUCCCGGGGAUUUUCCCUGAGAGACAUUUCGUCCAGAACAUCCGCCGAUUUUGUCGUUUUUCAUCUGCCUCUUACGGUUCCAAUGCCCUCAAAGUCAUGGGCGUACCAAGCGGCACAAAGACUCUAACGCCAGCCAGGUCAGACACGCACGAGCACAGCGCUUUCUCGGAUUAUGCCGGUCUUCCUCCCUCUACUAUCCUCCUUUCUUCCUUUGUCGAUCCAGCAGGUGGCUCUAACGCAGCCGGCGAGACAGAAACAGGAUUCCCACUUGUUCACUACCUCUCCAUCGACCAUGACUCCAAAGCCGUGGUCCUGACUCUCCGGGGAACAUGGGGCUUCGAAGACAUCCUAACAGACAUGACCUGUGACUACGACGACCUAGAAUGGCAAGGCAAAAGCUGGAAAGUGCACAAAGGCAUGCACGCCUCAGCCAAACGACUCCUCGAAGGCGGCGGCGCCCGAGUAAUGAUCACCCUCCGCGCGGCUCUAGAAGAGUUCUCAGACUACGGCGUAGUCCUCUGCGGCCACUCCCUAGGCGGCGGCGUCGCAGCCCUCCUAGCAACAAUGAUCUCCGAACCGAACCCUUCCCCAGUCGGCACAUCCUUCGUAACAGCCUCCUACACACCAACCGCACGACCACCCCUCCUAACAGCAUCAACAAACACCCCAUUGUCCCUCCCCCCAACCUCUCCCUUACCAAUUCCAACCGGCCGCCCAAUUCAUGUCUACGCCUACGGUCCACCAGCCGCAAUGUCCCCUUUCCUGCGCCUCGCCACCAGAGGCCUAAUAACAACAAUCGUCAACGGCCAAGACAUAGUCCCAAGCCUCUCAUUGGGAAUUUUACACGACAUGCACACGGCAGCAAGCAGCUUCAAAGACGACGCCACUGGCGCGAAAUCACACAUCCGCCAGCGUCUCCGUGAAUCACUCCGCCAGAGCAUCAUCCAUAAAUUCUACGUGAACCAGCCUCCGCUCGUUGUCAACGCUGGUGAUGGCGUUGGCGAGGAUGCCUGGGCGUGGAAAACGCUGAAGCUUUUGCGGGAUGAAAUGCGCGCGCCGAAACUUAUGCCGCCGGGUGAAGUCUUUGUUGUUGAGACUAUGCGUGUUUUGCAAAGGGAUGCGUUUACAGUGCCUGAUUUUGUGGGGGAUGGGUAUCCCAGGCUUGGAAGGCCUGCUACUAGGGUUCAAAUUCGGUUUAUUAGGGAUGUUGAUGCUUGGUUUGGGGAGUUAAAGUUUGCUAGUGGGAUGUUGAGUGAUCAUAAUCCGGCGAGGUAUGAGACUAGUCUUGCUGCUUUGGCUAGGGGGGUUUUAGAUGAAUAG